GCCUACGCGGCGCGAGGUCAGGGUAGGGGGAUGUUACUCCGGCUGGCGGGGGCGGCCGGCGGUCGGGCCCUGGCCUGGCCUUUUUCCAAGUUGUGGAGAUGUGGCGGCAGCGCAGGAAGCGGCGGGGCGGUCUGGAGCAGCGUGAGGGUUCGAGGCAUUGCUCAGCAGGUGAUAUGCUUGCAGCAGCAGGCUCUGCAGGGAAGACUGACUUCGUUUUCCCCAAGGCUGUGUUCAAAACCUCCCAAAGGGUUUGAAAAAUUUUUUAAGAAUAAGAAGAAUGGAAGAAGUACAGACCCAGGAAACUCAGUAGCUCCCCCAAAAGAAACUGUAGGCCCAAAGAAUGCUGUGUCUGGAGGAGAUGGAGGCAAGAGAGGAGGGAAGCGAGAUGACUUUGCCUGGUGGAAACGGAUGCAGAAGGGGGAAUUUCCCUGGGAUGACAAAGAUUUCCGGAGUCUGGCUGUUUUGGGGGCAGGUGUGGCUAUGGGAUUUUUAUAUUUCUAUUUUCGAGAUCCCGGAAAAGAGAUCACCUGGAAGCACUUUGUACAAUAUUACCUUGCCAGAGGUCUGGUGGAUCGACUGGAAGUUGUGAACAAGCAAUUUGUGCGUGUUAUUCCUGUUCCUGGGACGACAUCUGAGAAGUUCGUGUGGUUUAACAUUGGUAGUGUUGACACCUUUGAGCGGAACCUUGAGUCUGCUCAGUGGGAGCUGGGGAUUGAGCCCACCAAUCAGGCUGCUGUGGUCUAUACUACUGAGAGUGAUGGUUCUCUUCUCCGAAGCCUAGUACCCACCCUGGUCCUGGUUAGCAUCCUCCUCUAUGCUAUGAAGAGGGGUCCAAUGGGGACUGGUCGUGGUGGGCGAGGAGGAGGCCUCUUCAGUGUUGGUGAGACAACAGCCAAAAUCUUAAAAAACAACAUUGAUGUGCGAUUCGCAGAUGUGGCUGGCUGUGAAGAAGCCAAAUUGGAAAUUAUGGAGUUUGUGAAUUUCCUGAAGAACCCAAAGCAAUAUCAGGACUUGGGAGCCAAAAUUCCAAAGGGAGCAAUGCUCACUGGUCCACCUGGAACUGGCAAAACACUUCUUGCAAAAGCAACUGCUGGGGAGGCCAAUGUGCCCUUCAUCACUGUGAAUGGAUCAGAGUUCCUAGAAAUGUUUGUUGGUGUUGGGCCAGCACGGGUUCGUGACAUGUUUGCAAUGGCCCGAAAAAAUGCUCCUUGUAUUUUAUUCAUUGAUGAGAUUGAUGCAAUUGGCAGGAAGCGAGGCCGUGGUCACCUGGGGGGCCAGAGUGAGCAGGAGAAUACUUUAAACCAGAUGCUUGUGGAGAUGGAUGGGUUCAACUCUACCACUAAUGUGGUAGUGCUAGCCGGUACCAAUCGCCCUGAUAUCCUUGAUCCAGCCUUGACACGGCCUGGCCGGUUUGAUCGCCAGAUUUACAUUGGUCCCCCUGAUAUCAAAGGCAGGUCUUCCAUUUUCAAGGUCCACUUGCGUCCACUCAAGCUAGAUGAAUGCCUCACCAAAGAUGCUCUUUCGAGGAAGCUAGCAGCUCUUACUCCAGGCUUUACUGGUGCUGAUAUUUCCAAUGUAUGCAAUGAAGCAGCACUGAUUGCUGCCCGCCAUCUUAGCCCUUCUGUCCAGGAGCAGCACUUUGAGAAAGCAAUCGAGAGGGUCAUUGGAGGCCUUGAGAAGAAGACCCAGGUCCUACAACCCAAUGAAAAGACAACUGUAGCCUACCAUGAGGCUGGGCAUGCAGUGGUGGGCUGGUUCUUGGAACAUGCAGACCCUCUGCUGAAGGUGUCCAUCAUACCUAGGGGCAAGGGGCUUGGCUAUGCCCAGUACCUUCCCCGUGAGCAGUACCUCUACACACGGGAGCAGCUCUUCGACCGCAUGUGUAUGAUGCUAGGGGGUAGGGUGGCUGAGCAGCUAUUCUUUGGUCAAAUCACUACAGGAGCUCAGGAUGAUCUGAGGAAAGUCACCCAGAGUGCCUAUGCCCAGAUUGUGCAGUUUGGAAUGAGUGAGAAGCUGGGCCAGGUAUCCUUUGACCUCCCCAGACAAGGUGAAACCAUGGUGGAGAAGCCAUAUAGUGAAGCAACUGCCCAGCUCAUUGAUGAGGAGGUCCGGCGCCUGGUCAGGUCUGCCUAUGAUCGGACCCUGGAGCUGCUGACGCAGUGCCGGGAACAGGUAGAGAAGGUGAGCAGGCGACUCUUGGAGAAAGAAGUGCUGGAGAAGGCCGACAUGAUAGAGCUUUUGGGCCCUCGGCCCUUUGCAGAGAAGUCUACCUAUGAGGAGUUUGUAGAGGGCACCGGCAGCCUAGAGGAGGACACAUCUCUUCCUGAGGGGCUGAAAGACUGGAAUCAGGGACAGGAGGAAGGAGGCACUGAGCGGUGCUUACAGGAGAGCCCUGCAUAGCCAUGGCCUGUGGGUGGCCGCCUGUGACCACUGUUGACUGGGAGCUGCUUAGCCUUUGCAGAACAGCUGUCAGAGUAACGAAAACUAAUUAAAACAGGUGACAACUGCAAACAAAUGUUUUAGGUAAGACCAUUCAGGAAUCCACAGAAGAGGCGCUAGGACUUGGCAGCAUUCAGCCAAGGCAAUAACUAAGGGAUCAAAGGUGUGGCCUGAGGUCACAGGUCCUGGACCUAGAGGUCUGUCAGUUCAGAUAGGAGAAGGAGUUGGACACUGGCUUCCAUGAAGCCAUGAGAGCUGUCUUUUUGGGGAUUCGAUGUGUAGGGCCAUUAGCUACAUCACGCUUCCAGUAGACACAGAACCAAUUCAGUUUUCAAGUAUGCUGCUGCCUUAUAGCUUGCCUCUGAGGUAAUUGCUCAGAGGAUGAAUGAGCCUUGGCCCAACACAAAUAAAGUUUGGUGAAAAAUUAAUGAAAAUGUAAGCCAGUAAUCAAGGGAAGGUUAGGUUCUUAAGCUGAUCAGACUUAGGAAAGAAAGCCAGCACACCUGCAGAUCUCUGGCUAAGGAGAGGAAGAGUGUGGUACAUUCCUGGACUUGGUGGCAGAAUCAGAAAUUUUAUUAGACAUCUAGCCUUGGGAAUUGUCUGUUUCACUGAUAAAGUGUCAAAUUUCAUUCCACUUUACAGUAGUCCUUUCCCCAGCACCCCUUCCUCCUUUUUAAAUCUCUAUAAGGGUUGUCUUGGUCUGAACCCUCUGGCUCUGGUGCCUAUUUAUCAACCAUUUUGUUGUAGGACAGCUCUUGAGUAAAGGAAGGGCUUUGUAACUUCCAAGCCUCCUUGGGUUAAGAGGCAUCUUUUUCUUGUUGCUCUGGGGUGUGGUGCAGCUUGCACUUGAGACCUUAAUAAUGCUUGGAGUCCUGAGGUUCCAUGAGUGUGUAUACUUCCUCCAGGACUCUCUGGGAUCACAGAUCUCAGAGCUGUACCAUCAGCUGCAUCAGCCAACUGUUCAAGUCUUCUCAUGGCCCUGGGGAGGAAUACAUUUGCUCCCUUGACUUUUUAAAAGUUUUAAAAGUUUUGUAUGUAUGCCUACAGGUGUUCAUGUAUACAUAUGCAUGUAUACAUAUGCCAAAGGUUAACAUAGUAUGCCUUCCUCAGUUGCUUUCUAUCUUACAUUUUUUUUUCCAUUUAUUUAGUUGUGCUUGUGUCUGUACAUGCAUGUCCACAAACACAUAUACACCAUGGUACACAUGGGUAUGUCAGAGGACAACUUCUGAGAGUCAUUUCUCUCCUUCAACUGUGUGGGUUCUAACAACCAUUAGGCUUGGCAGAAAGUGCCUUUACCACUGAGCCAUCUUGCCAGCCAGCCAUCUUGUUUUGUGAGAUGGGAUCUCUUAUUGAAUCUGGCUAGAUUUGCAGGCCAGCAAGCUCUAGGGAUCCUCUCGUCUCUGCCUUCCCUUACAGGCAUACCUUUAUGCCUGGCUUUUAUGUGGAUGAUGGGGAACUGUUCUUACAUUUUCAUGCUUGUGCAGCAAGAACUUUAGCAACUGUAAACUCUCUCUCUGCAGCCCUUUAACCGAUGUUGACAGGCUUUCUGGGUGACUAGUCAGGAGGGUGGAGACCUGCUCUCUGCCUUAAACUUUUUUGUCCUUACCUUUUCUUUGGGGCCUGGUUAAAGACCAGACAUACUGGAUGUACAUAGUAUAGUACAUUUUCUAAAUUGUGUUUGCCUCAGAGCCUCAGUAACAGAAAUUUUAUCGGGGGACAGAUACUUUCAACUUUUGCUGUUUGUAAAAUGUACAUUAUUGAAUUUUAAAAAAUGUUUCUUUCAUUUCUAA